AUGGAGGGUUUGAAAGAAGCGGACAAGACAUCCUAUGGUGUGAUAGUCAACACAUUUCAAGAACUCGAGCCUGCUUAUGUCAAAGACUACAAGGAGGCAAGGUCCGGUAAGGCAUGGUCCAUUGGACCCGUUUCCUUGUGCAAUAAGCUCAAGGAGCUCGGGCUAGGCCUAGAGGAAUCCAAAAGACCUUUUAUUUGGGUCAUUAGAGGUUGGGAGAAGUAUAAAGAGUUAGUGAGUGGAUCUCGGAGAGCGGUUUCGAAGAAAGAAUCAAAGACAGAGGACUUAUCAUCAAGGAUGGUCUCCUCAAAUGAUUAUCCUUUCACAUCCUUCUGUUGGAGGGUUCUUAACGCAUUGCGGAUGGAACUCAACUCUAGAGGGGAUAACCUCUGGUCUACCGCUGCUUACAUGGCCGCUAUUUGCAGACCAAUUCUGCAACGAGAAAUUGGUCGUGCAGGUGUGAAGAAGGCAGUGGAAGAAUUGAUGGGUGAGAGUGAUGAUGCAACAGAGAGAAGAAGAAGAGCCAAAGAGCUUGGAGAAUUAGCUCACAAGGCUGUGGAGGAAGGAGGCUCUUCUCAUUCUAACAUCACAUUGCUCUUAGAAGACAUAAUGCAACUAGCACAAUCCAAGAAUUGA